AGAGCGAACAGGUGCGUCAGUUCGACCUUCACACCCGGAAGGAAAAGUAAGAAAAACAGCGGCUGUGUAAACAGACUGAGCGAUGGAUCAGAGGAAUAUUCCGUCCGACCUGGAGGAUCAGUUCGACGAUGUGCUUUCCAGACUGCAGUCCAAGCACUUGUUCCGGUCUGACUGGGACAUCGUCUCCUUUGCAGUAUUCUUCAUCUUCAUCGGUAUGUGCCUCCUGCUGGUCAUCCUGGUCCUCAUCCGCUGCUGCUGCUGCUGCUGCUGCAAUGACAAGCCUCGGAGGCGGAAGGUCGGCAUAGACAACAUGGCUAUGGUGCCCUGACAGCUGAACUGCACCGACGAAUCCUCAUAAUCUGGAACAAAACAGAAGCUUUGUUUCUACUGUCACUGAUCCGUCCACCAAAUGUUUGUACUUUGCUACCCAGCUAUAAAAAUCUAACAUGUGAUCUUUCUGUCUCUGCUUUAUGGGGUUUAUGGUUCGAAUACCACAGAACAGAUAGAAAUUCUCAGGAACCUUUUGGUCUCUUCAGGUUAGAAAUCACCUUUUUUUUACUUUCGUUUGCUGAAAUGAUGUGAACAUUUCAAUUUGAAUGUUUGACUUAGUAAUAAAAAUCUAAAAUUUC